UGGGAUGGCAUGAAGGUGAGUAAAUUAUGAGAUAAUUUUCAUUUUUGGGUGAACUAUCCCUUUAAAUAAUCUUGACUGCCUUUUUAGACCAGAUUUAGAAAUGUUUAAUAUGGUGGACAUGGUGAAUUAUGCUCAAAAAUACUGUAUGUUCUCCAAGGGAGAAUUGUUAUAUGACUUAAAUAUCUAUGAACAUUUCUAAUUCUAAUGAUAUAGUUGUAGAUCUAGUAAUUUUCAGCAUAUUUCACUUUACAAAAAUGUGCCAUGGUAAACAUAGUUUCCACCAAAAUUCCAUAGAGUUCUUUUUUCUUCAAUUAAACUGUAGUAACUUGACAUUUUCCGGUGUUAUUUGUGUUUCAUCACAUAUACGUUUAGGCCAUUACCUUUUCAUUGUAAGUGCAUAAUUUUAUUGACACUGAUUUAUUUAGUUUUUCCCUGCCAUAAAUGUAUUUAUCAGGGGGAAUUAAGAUGUUGUAACUAUUCGUCAACCGAUAUGGGUUUUUCAAUGACUCAGGAUACCAAUAUCUAGAGAGCAUGGUGGCUGAUAUAAUUCCCAUAUACUUAAUAUAAUUUAAUGACAGCAAAAUUGUUGAAAUGUAACGAGUGCUUAUUUUACGAAGUGUUUACACAAAAUGUACUGAAAAAAUAGGUUUACGUUGACACCGACCAAGCGUACAUGGUUGUAAGCCAAUAGCAAAAUAUAGUUUGCGAAAUAACAGCCUGUCCAAUAUAUCACUAUUUGUAACCACUACAUCCAAGCUCAAGUUAUUUAAUACAGUUAAUACAGUAUUUUGAAUUUUAUUUCUUAUUGCCUACUAUCAUGUGACGUGCUUAAGCUGUUCGAAUGGGCUCCAAGGACCAACGCCACAGUCGUGUAGACAUUUUCCACCAGGGCUAUGCAGUGCCACUGGAGGCCUUUCACCGGCCAACCACGUUCCUAGAGCAGCAGGACAGGAGCCUGGCGGCCCUGCGAAGGCAGACAGCAAAGAUGGCAACCCAGUCCCACUCAGGUGGUGAGAUGUCACUUGAGCAGUUGCUGGCACUUUAUGGGUACAACAUGCCUGAUCCUGUCCUGCAGCAACAACGGGAGCCUAAUGAGCUGGCAGCCAGUCUGCCUGAAAUGACACUGGACAAGGUUCAGAUAGGUAAAGAUGUAUUCUCAGGAGAGAAGGAUGAAAACAACCAUUCCUCUGCUGAUGACAUCACACUCGCUGUCACGUCUCAUGCACCUGACCUCUUACAAUGUAACUUACGAGGUGAUGACAAAGACACUUCAGUCAGCUCCUCAGAAGAUGACACAGAAAGCACCUCGAUCCCCUCCAGCGAUGGACGCAAGGACAUCAUGGUGGGCCCCCAGUAUCAGGCUACAAUUCCUUCUCUCUCUUCACACACUUUUAAUGAAAGAGCCUACGAGAAUAAGGACCAGUUAUUGUGGACCCCCGGUGUGCUGUCCAUUCCAGCUGUAGAGGAGUUUUUGUUUAUGGUCCAGAGAAAAGGGAGUGAAAAUGGAGCUAUAAACACUUUGACCACAGAAGACAUAGUCAAAGAUAAUGAGCAGGCUCUUUAUGAACUGGUGAAGUGCAACUUCAAUGCAGAAGAGGCACUUAGAAGAUAUCGCUUCAAUGUGAAGGUUUUCAGUGAGCUUUGUGCCUGGAGCGAGGAGGAGUGUCGAAACUUUGAGCAUGGUUACCGUGUCUAUGGGAAGGACUUCCACCUCAUACAGGCCAACAAGGUCCGCACACGCUCAGUGGGUGAGUGUGUAGAGUACUAUUACAUGUGGAAGAAAUCUGAACGGCAUGAGUAUUUCACACAGCAGGCCACCAAGAUGGGGCGGAAAAAGUGCAAUCUGCCAUCUGGAAACACAGAGGAUGCUGAGCCAGAUGGAGAUUUUGGUGAAGUGGAAGGUGCCACUCAAGGUUUGCCAAGUAGGUCUUCCAUUCAACUCCAAACUCCAUCACCUUCUCCAGUCAUGGAGCUGGAUAAACAAGAGGAUAGCCUGAACUGUGCAGCUCAGUUUCAUGGUCGUCCACGACGGAAACGCACUCCGCGUUUCCUCUUAAAGCCCUGAGCUUGCUGCGCUUUGACAACCUAAAACUGACAGGCACACAGGUUCUAAGCGAGACAUCGCGGAGAGUGAACUACAUGCAGAUUCUUGCUCUAGCCAGCAGGGGGAGCAGUUGUUCAGCCCAUUUCCGCCACUCCCACCAGUGCUCCAGACUCUGGUCACAGAUUGUCCAGGCCCGGCCUCCCCAGCCACCCAGCUUUACUUCCCCUCGCUCUCCCGUAACCACACCGUCCCUUCCUCCCAGCCAGACUCAGGGCUCCCAGCAGCAGGUCUUUACCAGCUGCAGCUGGGCUCUUUUCCUGGAGAUGCUGUACGUACCGAAUAUGUUGCCUCGAGAAGGCUUCAGCUUGACUUUUCUUUACCUUCCUCGCCUGUCCCGUCCCCUGUUGCCCCGUCCAUUGCCGUCACAGAUUUUGGGGUUAUCAGCAGCCUCUUGUGCCCGCCCUCCGCCAUCUGCUCCACGCCCAUCCAACAUCCUCGGUCCCUCACACAGUGACUCACCAAUGGACAACAUUCCAGAUCUAAAUAAAUGACUCUACUACA